AUGGUGUGUACGAAACAAAAGGUCCGGUUUACCACUACAUUGGUACUUGAUAUCCAGCGAGAGGCGGAGGGUGCGCUUCGCCAGUCUGGUUGCUCCCGCACCUCAAUGAAGACUUCCUGUUCACUCGAGCAAGAAAAGCGCUUACGGACACAUGCGUGGAGCAGGGCUGUAGUGCCGACUGUUCAACGUGAUUUGAGUUUGAACAAAAAGGGAAAUAUUCUGAAGAGUCGUUUGGAAACGCUUCGGCAAAAUCCAGUUCGAGAAUGA